AUAUAAUAAAAUAUUAAUAAGGAACUUUUAAUAUGAAAUUUGUUGAGCAGUUAACUUUUAUUAAAUUUAUCACUAUAACAUUAGUUUGAUACCUAAAUUUAAUUAUGGCUGCAUUGAUGAUUAGAACGUGUUUGAAACGAAGUUUUACAAAAAAUUUAUCAUGUAAAUCAUUUAACCAUGAUGGUUAUGUGAAAUUCAAUAUUUCACUGUUUAACUUAACAUGUUUACAAUGCAACUCUUACCACAAUACAUUUGUUCUUUUUAAAAAACGAAAAACUGCAGAAGUAAGAAAGCAGUUACAACAACUUAAAGAAUUAGAGAUGCUUAAUCCUAAAACGAAAAAAGAAAGUGAAAUAAUUGAAGUUUGGAGAAAUAUGACUGUGAAAGAAUUAGCAGCAGUCUCUAGGCGUUCAAUAGAUGAUAUUUUAGAUGCCCUCUUUUUUAUUGAUCAGAGUACCAUUCAUGAUUCUAAUUCCAUCUUUGAGGAUCCUUCUAUUUUAUAUGAAACUGUCAAAAAGUUGGGUUUAAAACUGAAAGUUAUUUCAAAUCCUAAAGAACUAAAUACUCAUGUCACUAAAAAUAAGCGUGAUGUAGUUAAACGUCCUCCACCUGAUCCUUUAAAAUUAGUUAAAAGAAAACCAGUCAUAACAAUAAUGGGUCAUGUUGAUCAUGGUAAAACAACUCUUUUAGAUGCUUUGAGGGAUUCAGCAAUUGUAGAUUCAGAAUUUGGAGGAAUUACUCAACACAUUGGUGCUUUCAAUGUAACAUUGAGUACUGGAGAAAAAAUGACUUUUUUGGAUACUCCUGGACAUGCUGCAUUUAGUGCUAUGAGAGCUCGAGGAGCUAAUACCACUGACAUAGUAAUUCUUGUUGUUGCUGCUGAUGAUGGAGUUAUGGAACAAACUGUUCAAAGUAUUGAAAUGGCUAAAAAUGCUAAUGUCCCAAUAAUAGUUGCUGUUAAUAAAAUUGAUAAACCAGGUGUGAUUAUUGAUAGAACACAUCAUAUGUUAGCUGAAAAUGGAAUUGUGGUAGAAGCUCUUGGUGGCGAUGUUCAAAGUAUCAAUAUAUCAGCUUUGAAAAAAACAAAUUUAGAUUUACUAAUGGAAGCAGUUGCUACUCAAGCUGAAAUAAUGAACCUCAAAGGAGACCCAACAGGUAUGGUAGAAGGAGUAGUUAUUGAAGCAACUAACGAUGUUCACAGAGGGAAACUUGCAACAGCUUUAAUUCAGCGUGGCACUCUCAGAAAAGGAGAUGUUUUAGUGAGUGGAUUGGCAUGGGCUAAAGUUAGAGCAAUGUUUGAUGAAAAUGGUUUGAUUGUAUCAGAAGCUAAUUUGUCAGAUGCAGUGCAAAUUAUUGGCUGGCGAGAAUUACCAGAAGCUGGAGAGGAAAUAUUGGAAGUAGAAAGUGAGAAACAAGCGCAUAUGGUUGUGAGAUAUCGUAAUGAAAAGUUGGGCCAGGUGAAAUCAAUUGAACAAAAAAUUGUUGCUGAUCAGAAACAUCAAGAACAUUUAAUUGAAUAUCGAAAGAUAGUACAGAAAAAACGGUUGCUGGGAAAGAGGCGCCUUAAGCCAGAAGGGCCAAAACAAAAAGAAAUACAAGUAGAUGAUUUUCCUAAAGUCAAUGUUAUCAUCAAAGGCGAUGUUGUUGGAUCUGUUGAAGCGAUACUUGAUGUUCUCGAUACCUACAGCGAUGAGAAAAAAUGUCGUUUAUCAAUCGUUCAUUACGGAGUAGGUGCCGUUACAGAAACAGACAUUGAAUUAGCAAACGUUUUUGGAGCAAUUAUUUACUGUUUCAAUACUACUACACCACGUACGUUAACUCAAGAAAUCACAAAGCUAAAUAUUCCAGUUCGUCAUCACAAUGUUAUAUACAGAAUGAUUGACGAUUUGAAAAUAGAGAUUAAUAAGCAACUUCCGAUGGUGUCGGUAGAAGAAGUAAUAGGGGAAGCAUCCGUUUUGAAAGAGUUCGACAUCAAUAUCAAAAGAAAAAAGGUUAAGGUUGCCGGGUGUCGUUGCGUUAAAGGCUCGAUUAAAAAAUCUGGUUUAUUUAAAGUAAUUAGAAACGGAGAAGAAAUUUACAGGGGUAAAGCCAAUGAAAUAAGGCAUUUGAAGGACGAAGUUGAAACGAUAAAAACUAAUCAGGAAUGUGGAAUUAUGUUUGAUGCUGCUCAAAUAGAGUUUGAACAAGGCGAUCAAGUUAUUUGUUAUAGGUUAGUUGAUAAAAUGCAAGAAACAGACUGGAAUCCUUUUUAACUGAUAAUCAAUUUGCAGUCUAUUUUACGAUCUUUGUAGAAAAAGUUUGAUAUAAUCGAAGUAAAUUUGUAAAUAUAUACAUCUUUGUAAAUAGUUCUUUUUAAUGAACAAUACAGA